AUGAAGGUCGAUGAAAAGAACGGUUCUGUGGCUGUAGAACAUAGUGGCGAUCAAGAGGGUGUUGUGCAGUCUAAGGAAAAUGUGGCGCAGAGAUGGCUCAGAGCUGCGUCGUUUAAAGAAAUUUUGGGAUCCGAUGCUAGCCAUAAGUAUCGUCAAGAAGAGAAGUUCAUCAUUAACGAAACGGCUGAAGACUAUGAAACGAUUACCGUCGAGUACAUCAAGAAGUAUCAAAUGGAUCUCAAGUGCUAUACAAAUGUGCUGUCAAAAGAAUCUGAAGCAGACAGAAUCAUUUUUGAAGAUCCGGAUCCUCAUAACGGUUUUAUUCUGUCUCCUGACAUAAAAUGGGAUGGCACGUCACUGGAAAAUCUUUACGUUUUGGCAAUGAUUCACCGAAAAGGAGUUCGAUCAAUACGGUUACGUCGUGAAGAAGUCCAUAUAUCAGAGAAUCAUGCGGCCAUUGAGAAAACACACCGUAAUGACGAUCAAGAUCAGAUUGUUCUUAUGACGGCAGAAGGUCGCAUAUGGAAUCACAAUUUAGAUAAAUUCGAUAAAGCAAUUUUCUUCUUCGAUACAGGAGCACAAAAAACUAUAAUCGAAGAAAAUUUUGCAAUGAAGCUCGGACUUCCCAGUAUAAGGACAGAAACAUGUACAAUGUCAGGAAUCGGAGGCAACACAGAAAUAUUCAAGAGCAGCAUUGUAAGCGUCAGAAUAGGUACUGCCUAUGGAAAGGACAUGGAAAUUCUGAUACAAACCAAGCCAGUCCUAACGAAGGGAUUUCCUGGAGUUCGCUUGUGUGCUGUAGAUAAGCAAUUCCUUCAGGACCGGAAUAUUCUUGUCUGCAACCCGAACAUACGAGGUGAACACCAACUGCCCAAAAUCCUGGUGGGGCUUGACUACUACUAUAAUUUCAUACUCGACAACAGCAGCCUCAUAACUCCAUCAGGCUUGCGUCUGGCAAAUACAGUCUUCGGCCCAUCGAUUCACGGACGUGGAUCGAUCGAUCCUCAAGACGUCACUACAACGAUGCCUGCAAUUUCUUACAACAUGACUGCGAUUACGGAAAUGACGAAAAGCACGAUGCCUGACAAGCUCUUCGAUCCAGACGGCAUGGGAAUCCCA